AUGGCCGCCACGGUGCACAAGCCCCUGGGCGCGAUCACCGCCGACGACCUCGCCGUGGCGGCGCCUAGGUCGGAUGCCACCGCGUUCCACUCGGCUUUUCGGCGCGUGCUCGACUCGCACGGCCCCGCCGUGGUGUGGGCGGAGCUCUGCCAGUUCGUGCUUCGUCCAUCCGUCCCCUUCGCCAUCCACCGGAUGCUCUAUUAUGGCUGUUUCGCCGGGUUCCCAUCGCCCAUGCUGCUAGCCUGGACCCUUGACCCAUAA